CCCAGCGGUCAAUCGUUUAUACAUAGCGAUAGUGAUUGGGAUGCAGGAUACCAGUUCAAUUAAAAUAGCCGACGACUGAUGCACUUCCUGGUUGGUUGCAAAAAGUGGGCAAGGAAAACUGGGCGAUUUCGGCUCUGGAAAUGUGCUAGAAAUCACUAUAAAUUUCUCAAUUGUAAGCAGGAUCUGGAUCGAUUCCUUCCAGCUUGAGCUGCCAGACCAGUUGGCCGAUCAGGUCGCGUCGAGUUGACGUUUUCCCCACAUUUUUCAGGCCGUCAACAUGGCUUCGAGAAGAUGGUUUCAUCCAAACCUCCUCGGGGUGGACGCAGAGAGGUUUUUAAUGGAGGGGGGUUUUGACGGCAGCUUCCUGUGUCGUCCCAGCAAGAGUAACCCAGGAGAUUUCACCUUGUCUGUCAGGCGUGCCGGGGAGGUGACCCAUAUUAAGAUCCAGAACACGGGAGACUACUUUGAUCUGUACGGAGGGGAGAAGUUUGCGACGCUAGCUGAACUGGUACAGCAUUACACUGAGGGACGCAACCAGCUGAAAGAGAAGAACGGUUUGGUGAUUGAACUCAAGUACCCGCUCAACUGUGCCGAUCCAACGAACGAAAGAUGGUUUCAUGGUCAUAUCACGGGCAAAGAAGCCGAAAAGGCACUCCUCGAGAAAGCAAAGAAUGGUAGUUACCUAGUGAGAGAGAGUCACAGUAAACCCGGCGAUUACGUCUUGUCGGUGCGCACGGAGGAUAAAGUCACCCACGUCAUGAUCAGAUGUCAGGACAGCAAAUACGAUGUUGGAGGCGGGGAGCAGUUCACCACACUCGCUGAUCUGGUGGAGCAUUACAAGAAGAAUCCUAUGGUAGAAACAUCCGGCUAUGUCGUCCAUCUCAAACAGCCUUUCAAUGCUACAAGGAUCGCAGCUUCAGGCAUCAGGAGUAGAGUAGAGGUGCUGGAGAAGGAGACUAGCUCAAGACAAAACUCCAGGAAGACGGCUUUCGAGGAAGAAUUUGAGGCAUUGCAACAACUUGAUGCCAAGCACUUAUUGAAACGACGCGGUGACGAGCCAGAAAACAAGGCCAAGAACAGAUACAGGAAUAUCUUACCAUUUGAGCAUUCCAGAGUGAUUCUGAAAGACGGGGAGACUGGUGACUACGUUAAUGCCAACUACAUCGAUCUAAAAGAUGCGGGCUUGAUUGCCAACAUGGCAGUGUUGGCGUUGGCAUGCCAACAGAACCAGCAAGCGUUCCAAGCUGGAGAAAACGUGGAGAAGAUGGACGGAAGUUGGGAGAAACAGAAGCGCUACAUCGCGACCCAAGGAUGCCUCAAAGACACCGUGAUCGACUUCUGGAGGAUGGUGUGGCAGGAGAACUCCAGGGUCAUCGUCAUGACAACCAAGGAGGUCGAAAGAGGGAAAAAUAAAUGUGUGCGAUAUUGGCCGGAUCCGGACCGGAAGUUAGAAAGAGGCAAGCUCAUCGUCACGUACAUCAGCGAACAACUGAAAGAAGACUAUGAUCUGAGAGAGUUUGCAAUCACGAACAAAGACCACUUGGAUGACACUAGACCAAUCUAUCACUUCCACUUCAAGAGUUGGCCUGAUCACGGCGUUCCGUCCGAACCUAGUCGGGUGCUGAGCUUCCUCCACGAUAUCAACAUGAAACAGGAUGAGAUUCCGGGUGCCGGACCUAUCGUUGUACACUGCAGUGCCGGCAUUGGACGGACGGGAACCUUCAUAGUCAUUGAUAUCAUCCUGAAUCUCAUUUAUCAACACGGUCUGGACUGUGAGAUCGACAUCUUCAACACGAUCCGGCUAGUCAGAGGUCAAAGGUCAGGGCUGGUCCAAACCGAGGCUCAGUACAAGUUUGUAUACCAGGCGGUACAGCAGUACAUCGAAACCAUGACAACAAGAGUCCAAGCGGAACAUAAUACGCUCAAGACGGGAAGGGAAUACAUCAACACAAAGAAGGCUCAUUACGAGCUACAGACCCCCUCCCACGGCGUGCCGAUACACACUGCGCCAAUUCACACGCCCCCACCCCCACUAGAUAGGGCCAUGCAAGAACAGAAACUCUACGAGAAUGUCGGGCCAAUGAGGUCACCCCCAGUUGUAAACCAGAAGCAGUUCAGCCAUCCGCCUGUCCCCAAAAAGUAGUUCCCAGAGGCGAACCACUGUCCACGGUAAUGUGACGUAUUACUCCACCAAUCACAUCUUACCAAAUCGAGACUCAAUCAGUAAUUUGGAUUAUACAUCUCCAAGAGUAUCGCUGCAAAACUUUUUAAAGUUUUUUUUUUUUCGUCCGCAAUCUACAGGAAUGAUAUUGUCAAUUUAAAACAAAAAGGCUGAAAAUUGGAUGAAAAGUCUGAAAGAUCUUUUUUCAGAUUC